AUGUGGCAAGCCACUCCGGCCUGUAAAGUGCUUUCUUAUCCGUUCAAAAAUUUUGACGCCGUGUUCUCUACAACAUCUUCUUCACAAGUGAACGACUCGGAGAUAGUGUCUGACUCGUUAUCACUGAAAGCAGUGGUGACCCCCUCCACUCUUUUUGAAGUGAAAAAGAUCCCAAGAGUCUUAAAAGGGCGUUCUACAAUCCAAAUCAACUCGUAUCAAGUGCACUUUUUGGAGAAAGACCCUCCACUGAAUUACUCUUUAGUGACUUCGCCAACAAUCACGGUGUCACAAUUCAUCGUGCAAAUGGUCACAAAGAUCAACAAAGAGACUUCCUUAAAUUUGAAUGUGAAUCCGGAGACAUAUCAAAUUCUGGUUUCAGACGAUUUGGGUGUUCCCGAUGAAGAUCUCCCACCGCUCGAGUUUUCGUCGAAAAUAGGAGAGAUCGGAACAACCCAUUUUGCUGUAAAGGAUAACCACGAGUACUUAAAAUCACUCAAGAAGACGCCGAGAAGACUUUCAUUACUCAAAGACACGUACAAAGUAUUUUUCAAUGUGAGGGGGGCGGAGAAGAUGUCUGUAGCUUUUCAGUGCGAUGGGUCGACAACAGUGAACCAAUUCAUAUCCAUCAUAACAGCAGAGCGAAAUCGACGACUUCAUUUAACUGGUGACAGGAGUCUUAGUUCGAAUCCCGAGGAUUAUCAAUUCAGAGUGAGUGACUCGAUGGGUGGGAUAGACUCAGAUAUACCAAUACCGAGUGGGAGUGUCAGAGUUUCAGGGUUGGGGAAGUCAUUUGUGUUGACUGGGAUGGGGCGAUUGUCACCGGAGAAAGUCCUCCACCCCAUUCCGCUCUUAAAAGUCCGCAUGACAAACGGGAACGUCAGCGAGAUGAACUCUCCAAAUUUGGAGAAGUCCAGGGACAGGUCCCCCGAGAAGGCCGACUUUUUGAAUCCAAAGCGAAAGAGUUUGACGCAUUUCAAGACCCAUUUUUCAAGGGAAAAUACCCCCCGCGAAGACAAAGAGCGGAAACACGUGAAGGGGACAAAUGUGUGGAUGAACAAAGAACGAAUGAAUUUUGAUAUCUCCGGAGAGAAGGACUUGUCUGAGUUGAUUAGUCUUGCCUUUGUGUGCUUUAAAAAGAAGAAUGAGACAAUGAAAAAUGCCGAGAUGACCAAUUAUGUCGUGUUAGUCGGGAAUGCGGACGGAACACCCAAUUUGAAUUUCCCAACCCUCCCAAUUAAAGGCUGUUUGAAAGAGCUUGAGUUCCAAGACUACUUAAUUGUCUCUAAAACGGACUGUUUGUUCUUAUUUGAAGCUAUUCAGAAGAAGGAGAAAGUGUGUAGUCGGGAGGUCUUAAAAAGGAAUGUUGAAACGUUGCGGAUGUUCAGUUUGAUACAAAUUGGAACGAAAGUGAAGAGAAAGGCGAUGAUAGUGACGAAAGAGAAAACGACCAUUUCGGAGGAUUUGAGGAAGAAGCGCAAGACAUUUUCUUCGAGGAAAAUUGUCAAUUUCAAGACGAGCGCAAUAGUGUUUUUGAAGAUCAAUGAUAUUGUCUUUGCGAUUCGAGAUGGGAAGGAUGAGUUACAAUUUUGUUCUGCGUGUGUCAAUGAGAUAGCAGAAACGAUUGAAUAUGCCAAGAGUAUGUAA